UCGGGUCCCCGAUAACAGCAGAUGCUUCUAGUCAGCUUGUACCAGCUGUUAUGGCCCCUCUCCCCAUGGCCAUCGCAGUAGGAUUAACAUCUUUCGGUCGCCCACCCCCUUCGAUGUCAUGUACCGUACCCGUCGAUGUGAAUGAUUCAACAACGGGCGCUACUCUAUCGACAUUACCUGCCCGAGGAGGCUUUCAGUAGUAGCUUGCCGCCCGAUCGAUUAGCUUCCCCCUGGUUUUGUGCGCGGUGGUUCAGCAUUUUCGUUGGCAGUGAUUUAGACCUCCGGCUCUGUACACACACUCAUGCUGGUGACGCCUGUGUUUGUUGUUAUUGGUGGCGUUUAGUGCAACAAACCACACCGCACGCUCUCUCUCUCUCUCUCUCUCGCUCUCUAUCCGGGCUUAUCGGGACGAGGGGGAGGUUCAGGCAUUUUUAUCAGCGCUCAGCCGGCCCAUCUAUCUACCCAUCUAGCGGCGCGACACAAAACUGGCGCACGGUGGCGAAGGGUGACGCAAUCGGCGCGCACACCCGCACACCGGCGGAGGCGGGUGGGGGAGGCGAUCAGAAGCGCGCGCGCACAGCCUCCGCCCCGGACAUCAUGUACCGGGAGAUAAAGAGCAUCUACAACUGGCUCGCGUCCGCCGCGAUCAGUGGCACGCAAACGCUGACCGAUUCCAGACGCCCGAUCAUACGCGCACUGCAGUGCAGCAGACGGCAGCGGAGUUUUUCCACCAGCAGCAGCAGGGGCGGUACAGCAGACCUCACAAUGGUAAAGACGGGCCCGGGCGGUGGCCCUUCGGCCGCUUCCGGCCGGGUUGUGCUGGCACGCCGGAAAUCGCUGGCACAGAAAGACCCACUGGUGGAGGAGUUGCGCAAGGCGCGGGAAGAGAAUGCACGCCAGCAGCAGUACGAUUACUCGCACGUGUUCAGAAAAAAGACGCUGCUCGACUUCGUCCGCCUGUCGUUCGUGAUCAUGGGCAUCGAGAUCGUCUACUCGGCGGAAACCGCCUUCGUUACACCGAUACUGCUCGGAAUCGGCAUCGAGCAUCAGCUGAUGACGAUCGUUUGGGGCAUCUCGCCCCUGAUCGGUUUCAUCGUUUCGCCCUUCCUGGGCACGUUUAGCGACCGGUGCCGCUCGAGGUUUGGCCGCCGUCGCCCCCUGUUGGUGGUGCUCGGGAUGGGCCUUGUGCUGGGAUGUCUGCUGCUCCCGUUCGGUGAAACGAUCGGACACUGGCUGGGCGAUACAGGAGAGUCCGAAAAACCGGUCAUAAACAACACCGUUACAAUCGGGGGUAAUCGCAACCCCUACGGCAGCGCCACAGCUUCAAUAGCGCACUACAAAUGGGCCAUAGUGGUCACGAUACUGGGCACAAUCUUGCUCGACUUUUGUGCCGACUCUUCGCAAGCACCCUCGAUGGCCUACCUACUGGACGUGAGUCUUCCCGACGACCACGGACAGGCCUGCAGCACGUAUUCGCUGCUCUCCGGCGUUGGCGGCUGCAUCGGGUACCUUAUCGGUGCGAUCGAUUGGAACGGCACGAUGCUGGGCGAGCUGCUCGGUGGCAACAUUAACACCGUCUUCAUUCUCGUGACGGUCAUAUUUGUGCUGUGUCUCGCCGUGACCGUAGGCAGCUUUCGGGAGAUUCCACUACCGCUGAUGGAGCGGGAUGAGCUGCUGCAACCGCUCACAGAGCGUGCCGUAACGGAGCAGCGACAGCGCACCACGGUUGAGAAGGGUCUCCGCCCCAUGAAGGACAUUGCCGACGCGCUGUUGCUCGAGCUAGAAGGAGACGACAGCGAACCUUCGGACCGAACCGUUUUGCUGAGCUAUUCCGAGAAGGAACCACUGAUGGGUGACUUCCUUCAGGAGAAGCCAAAGAGCUCCGCCAAAGAGUUCCUACGCAUCACCUUCCGGAUACCAGCCACCCUCGCGGUGCUCUGCGUGACGAAUCUGUUCUGCUGGAUGAGCCACAUCAGCUACUCGCUGUACUUUACCGACUUUGUGGGCGAGAAGGUGUUCGGUGGCGAUCCGAUGGCCCACUCCGAUUCGGACGAGUACGCGCUGUACAUCGAAGGUGUCCGGUACGGGUGCUUCGGGAUGGCCAUCUACUCGAUCGCCUGCUCGACGUACUCGUGCACGAUCGAGCGGCUGAUCCGGGUGUUCCGGGCGCGCAACGUGUACAGCGGUGGGCUGCUGAUCGACUUCGUCGGCAUGCUGCUGAUGGCCAUGUUCCCGAGCAAGGUGACGGUGUACGUGUUCAGCGUGACGGGCGGGAUAGUCGGAGCGCUGCUCUUCACCAUGCCGUACAUCAUACUGGCGAAGUAUCACGCGAAAGGAUUGCUCGACACGUGCGACGAAACGAACUCGAUACAGCCCCGCCGUGGCCUGGCGUCGGACAUUUCCAUCAUCGGCAGCAUGCUGUUCGUGGCGCAAAUCAUUCUCUCGCUUACGAUGGGCCCGCUGGUGACGCUCACCGGGACGACCGCGUCCGUCAUCUACACGGCGAGCGUGUGCAGCCUGGUGGCGUCACUGUGCGCCACCCAGAUCCAGUAUCUGGAUCUGUAGAGCCGAGAGGGGAGGACACACAAUUAAAAAGUGCAUUUACGUGUGCAAGGCACACGGGUUGUGAUAGUGAAACGAGGGGUUGUUGCUGUUACUGAGCGAGCAUAAGCGUUAGCCAUAAAGAAUCGAUUAUAAUGCUAGUGAGAAAGAGAGAGGAGGAGGAGGAAGGGUAACAAUUAGUAACAUUACGAAGUGAGCAGAAGGAUACAGGAAAACACUUUGACACUAACUCAAAAGGACCUCAAUACAUUGUAAGCGUUAAAUAGAUGAAUAAACGGCAUUCACUUAACAAUUUUAACGAUAUAAUGUAGCGGAAAGUAUCAAAAGCAUGAAAAGAUUACAAUAAACUGUUAUUUUUGUAUAUGAAUGGCAA